UGUGUGUGUGUGUGUGUGAUUGACAGAUUUGAACUGUCCUUGUAGUGCCAUUGUUGUUAUUUGUGUGGUCAUGUUUAUAUGCGCCCUGGGCAGGCAACACCUGGUGAACAGGGCUAAUACGCACACACAACGCACGGACAGGAUGACACAAAUACACUUAGAACUCUAUACUCUAUACUUUGGCCCAGAUGUGUGUCACAUUCAUUUAACCUAUUGAUUAUGGAAGCUCGAUGUGAGUAUUUCCCAGAUAUAUGAGUAUUACCCUUCAUGCAAGAAUCUUAAAGCAAAAAUAACAAUAUUUGCAUUCAUUAGUGUCUUCAGUGUCUGAAAUACCUGGGCAUUAAAUAUUUGGGCUUUCUAAAAGAACUUAACAGCAGUAUAGGUUGAAGUAACUUAUACUGCUCUGUAAAAGGUGUUUGCACCACAUUAAGUCAAAGGAGCUAGGAAAGAAAAGCGUCUGGACUUCUUUAAGUUGCUUGAAGACGUUUCACCUCUCAUCCUAGAAGCUUCUUCAGUUCUAAGGUCAAAUGGUGGAGAGUCCCAGAUUUACCAGAACCUUCACAGACAUAUGCACCACAUUAAGUUUCUGCCUUUCUGAUCCACUGCUAUGUUUUAAAAAAAAAAAUCUAACAGCAAUCAGUGACUGCAAUGUGGUGUGUGGUGUUUUCAAGUGUUUUUAAGGUCAGCAACUUCAGAUCCCAUCCAGUCAGUCUUCUCCCUGCGGUCUGACCUCAUACACAUGGACACUGUGCAUAUUGUUAUCCAGCCUCUGCCAAACCGCCUCUGCUUCCAGCAUCACGUCACUGUACCUCUUUUUACUGCUCAUUCUUAGUUUUUAUAGACAACUUCUGUCUGCCUUGCUGUCCCCUCUUUUUCGUUUUCCUUUUCAGUUUGCCACUAAGUAUAUUUCCAUCCCAGAGUUCCUUUUUUCACUAUGUGGCACGCUGGAUUACGGUGGUGUUUUUGCAAUUAUCUCUCUGAGUGAUGAGGAUAUGCGAGGGCUUCUCUCACCAUCAGCCUGUCAUAGGGACAUGUGAUAAAUUCACUUCGGAGACAUGUCUGUGCUUCUUCAUAUGUGAGAAUGAGAGUACUUUUUUGUCCAAAGUCAUUCCUCCUCCUUCUCCUUACGUCUACAGCUUUCUUUGCUUUUUCCCUGUACUGUCAACCUUGCCACCUUCCUAUCGUUCCCCUUCCUAGCAGAGUUGGAAGCAGAGUGUUGACAUUGGGUUUUAUCCAAAUAUGUAGUCUACGAGGCUGGAAGGUGGUAAUGAAAGCCAAGAAAAACAGCCUGGCUCUGAGUCUAACAACCAGGCUUGUCCUUCUGAUGAAACCAAAGGAAAACAGUAUUUUCUGUCCUUGUUAUUCCUUUCCUCCCAUCCUACACCUCUUUCCUCGCUCUGCUUGCAUCCUGUCCUUUUCUAUCUCUGGUGCUUCUGAUUUGCAGACUAUAUUCAUUGUCUCCCUCUGUGCUUUAUAAAACUCUGUGUGAAAAUGUGACAAAUAUUACAUUUUUAAUGUGGGAGCCAUUUUGUCAGAUGCUAACUGUGACAAAGUCACUUUACUGUUAUCGUAAAGGGCUAUCCAGGCUUUGUUCUAUAGUGGGAGUAAAUUCAAAUUUAAAAAGUCUUCUUUUUUUAUAGAUGUCAAUUUUAAUAGUCUAAAAAAAUACAUUUGUAACAUGUGGGUCUGCGAUUUGUUACAUGGAAGCAAGGCAUCUGUGUUGCUGCAACAGUUGAGGAGGUGUCAGUCCCAAGAGGGUAAUAAUGUAAAUGAAGUUGAUUAAAGCAGAGAUGAUGUCACCUGAGUUUCUUCAUCUCUCAAACUGGAUAUUAUAAAAUACAAAGUCACGUAACUCGUUGUUUGGCAACAGUAUGGCACUGAGAGGGACAUGGACUAUUAUCUAUUUUAAAAGUGGAUGUGGCUGUGUGCGGGUGUGUAUGUUGCUUCAUGUAUCCUUGUGCUGUGUGUGUGUGUGUGCUUGUGUUUGUGUGGGUGGAGGUCAGAACGGAGUGCAGGAUAGAGGAACAGAUGUGCGCUGUAUUGUGGCUGUGUGCGCGGAUGGACGGGGACCAGGUGCAGCCUUUGUCUCUCUAGCAUUUAAGUCCACUCGCUCGCAUUCAGCUGCCUCGUGCCUCCCCUCCCCUCUGUGCACCCUCCUCCUUCCUCCUCUCCUUGGAGGGAAGGCAGAGAUGUGUGUGUGUGUGUUUGUGUGUGUGGGCCGGGCUGCCUUGGCUUAAAGGAAGGGUUUGCAGCAGUCCCUUCUGCCCCCCCUUCUCUCACAGGUGACUGUUGGAGGUCCCAGCUGGCCAGCUCUUGGCCGAUUAGAUCCAUAUGGUACAGGAGGAGGAGGAGGAGGAGGAGAGGGAACCUGGUUAAUUUUGAAAUCAAUUGCUUUCCUUUUUUUUUUUUCAAAGUGUUUCACUGGUUGAAUACUAAGCCUCUGUCAGUUGUUUAAAGUAUGUGUUAUCCUUUCACUUCAGGACUUCGUAGACUAGAAUUAGGAUUGCAGAAAUACGGCAGCAUUUUGGAAGAUAUACUUGUGCGCUGUUUAAUUAAGAGUUACAAAUGUCAUUUCGUGUAGUAUUUUUUUUUUAGCCAUGCUUGGGACAAAAUGUAGAAAAGGUUAAAGGAAGCUAAGCACUGAAGUUAGAGGAAAAUAGGGUUGUAGUUACUCCGGUUCUCUUGCAUCUGUUAGAUGUCACUGUCACCACAAAGGUUCUCACUUUGAUGAGACUUAUAAGAUGCUAUAUUUAUACUUUUUUUUUAGUCAGAUGAGAUGUGAGGCACUGUCAUGCAAAACUAGGGUAAUAAGCUUGACUUUCUUUCUCAUAGAUAGUACGCACAGCUGGGCUAAACCUCCAAAAAACAUCCUGUUGAUGUCUUCUUGUCUGACUCAUGAUAAGAAAACUAAAUAUUUGACAGCAUUUCUUGAAAAAAAGAAUUCAUAGGGUUAUUUUCAUGUGCGUGUGUUUGCGUUAACAUGUGUGUGUCUUGACCCUACAUACUUGUAUCAUUGCACAUGCCACAAAUUUUCUUUGUGCUCACUGAUAAAUUAGUUCGGUCUGUGUUACAUCUUCUCUCACCUCAUCUACGGUGACAAGACAGAGAGCAGUGUGGUUCGAGUACACACACCACCGCACAGCGGCACACACACACACAUGCUUCACAGCUGCCAGCCUCUCACAGGGAGUUUAGACUUCAGAGUUAAAACAUGAGCUUAAUAAACCCUUACACUGAACCCAUUUAUUUAUACACCACAUCAAGUGUGAUUUAUUUCUGUGGACUCGUUAUAGCUUAUCCAUCCCGUCUUUAUGUAAGGAGGUCGAUAAAUGUUCUCGAAAGUGUAUUUGUCUUUUCAUUUGCAAUUUCAUUAGUUAAUGGAUUGCUUUUACAGCGGUGGCUCAACAGGAAUAGUCACAUUAUGUUUCUCUAUCCCUUUCCUCUCUUUCUGAGCCUCGUUCUGAAUCAUCACUUGCAGAGGCAGCAAUUAAAGUCAGCUGAAUGUUUUAAUGCAGAUGAGCGUCACCUGAAGCUGAACAAACAAGGAACACCUGGCUAGCAACAGCAGCCAUCACUGCAGAUGCAUUUUAUUUUCCAUCCCUGUGAUAACAACUGUUGUAGAAAGCAAACACUUAAGGUCAGGAAACUUUCAAGAUUGUAAAAUUAUGGAUUAUCUUAUUUGUGCAUGAAGACGUGAGACAGAAAAACAGCAGCACAAUAUGGUACAGUAGAGAGAAGAAGAGCCCUGCCAUGCCCGGUUCUCCUGUGGAUGCUAAGACUCAUUCCAGAUCAGCCCCCAGCAGCAGCGCCAGCUCCACUAUGCCACCCCUACCUUCUGUCAACCCCAGUGGCCCACGACCGGCCUCUUUUUCCACCACAGCAUUGACCAAUGGGAAUCAUCAUUCCCCACCAACACUGAAUGCAGUGCCAUCUCCACCACAGCGCUACAGCAAUGGACCGUCCUCUUCCUCUUCCUCAUCGCUGGCUAACCAGCAGCUGCCAGCCACCUGUGGGGCACGCCAGCUGAGCAAGCUGAAACGUUUCUUGACCACACUGCAGCAGUUUGGCAACGACAUUUCUCCUGAGAUUGGAGACAGCGUCCGAAGCCUAGUUCUGGCCCUUGUGAAUUCAACAGUUACCAUUGAGGAGUUUCACUCACGGCUUCAGGAGGCUACCAACUUCCCCUUACGACCCUUUGUUAUUCCUUUUCUCAAGGCAAACCUCCCUUUGCUGCAGAGGGAGUUGCUCCACUGUGCACGGGCAGCCAAGCAGACCCCAGCUCAGUACUUGUCCCAGCAUGAGCACCUCCUGCUAAGCACCACUCUGGCAUCUUCUCCAGACUCCUCUGAGCUCCUGAUGGAGCCUCCAGAGCCUGGAACCAAGAGACACAGCCCAAGCAGGGCUAAAGAGAACGGUUUCCGUGAACGCCCACCUGUAGCUAUGGAGCCUGCCGCAAAGCGGAUUUGCACCAUCAGCCCAGCUCCCCGACACAGCCCUGCUCACCCAUUGCCACUGACCGCCCAGCUUCACCCGACCCCUCCACCCUUGCAGCAUUACGCCCUGGAUGACAUCGCAGCACCUCACAUCCUGCACCGUGAGCACAGCCAACGUGUUUUGGAGAUCCGCGAACUCAAAGACAGGCCACGACUUCCUGGCACUAAUGGGGGCUACCGUGAGGAGCCAGUGGACCACAGACUGACAGACAGAGAGUGGGCUGAUGAAUGGAGGCAUCUGGACCAUGUGUUGAACUGUAUUGUGGACAUGGUAGAAAAGACACGGCGGUCAGUGAGCGUUCUCAGACGAUGCCAGGAGUCAGAUCGUGAGGAGCUUAACUACUGGAGACGACGUUCGAGCGAGCAGGAAGACCCGCGCAAAGGAGGACCGGCAUCUGCUCCAUUCUCCAAGACGCACAGCCCUCACUCUUCUGAGUCAGACUCUCAGCGUGAUUUUGCUCCACGGCCAGGCUCAGCAUAUGUUACAGAUGAAAUCUGGAGAAAAGCUGAAGAAGCGGUGAAUGAAGUUAAGCGUCAGGCCAUGGAAGAGGUUCAGAAAGCUGUAGCAGAGGCUGAGCAGAAAGCAUUUGAGAUGAUUGCUGCUGAGAGGGCCAAGAUGGAAAAGACUGUGGCUGAGGCCAAGCGGAAGGCUCAAGAAGAUGCCAUCAUGGUCAUUAAUGAACAAGAGGACUCCAGUGAGUGUUGCUGGAACUGUGGUCGCAAAGCUAGCGAGACGUGCAGCGGCUGCAACGCCGCUCGCUACUGUGGGUCUUUCUGCCAGCACAAAGACUGGGAGAGACAUCACCUCAUCUGCAGCCCAGGACUUCAGGCUCAACCCAAACCAGUACCUGCAAGCAGAGUGGCUGCCGUGGCUACAGCAGCACCGGCCGCCACCGUCGUGUCUCCUGUUGGUCUGGCUGGGGUCAAAGUUCCUGACAGUGUGCCUUCAGUCUGCAGUCCAGGUGGGGAGAAGGCUUCAGUCGCUUCGCGUUCAUCCACUCCCUCCACCCCUGCCUCGGCCCCUGAGACGAACGGACACUAGGAGGCAAAGGACCUUGGCGGUGCAUGUGUCACCUACCCUCUUCAAAAACCGGGAAGAACUGAAACUGCAGCAUGAGGGAACUAUUUGUGGGUUAAGUUAGGAUAACAGAUUUUUCAACAUACUCUUUGGCAGAUAAAAAAGGACAGAUUAUGGAUGACUGUUUGAGUGAUAUGUCAACUGGGACUUUGGCUUUGGCAAAGAACAGAAGGACUCCUCUUGAAUGCAUUAAUUGGAUGAACAGAUCUCCCUAGCAGAUGGAAACGUGUUUCUCAUCGUCCAAAAACCAAAAUCUUGGAUGUGUGAGGGGUGGAAAAAAACUGAUUGAUCUCCGUUUGUUCUCUGGUGGCAGCGUGGAAGUUAUGAAAGGGAGGCAUACGAGAACAAACACAGGAGAUUAAAGAACAAUGAGGUAUAAAGAUAUUUCCCCCCAUGUACCAAUAUCCUCACUUUGAUGUGUAUAAAUCUAAGCUUGGGAGGAGGUGGUGGUAAUUGUAAACAGUGUAAUAGUACCAGCGCUAAAACAUCUGUCUUCGUCCUGUAGGAAAAAUCUGACCGUAGACCACGGAAGAGCCGUCUCCGCAGCUCCGGUGUAUACAUAAAUAUUUGCUCGCCAAUCUUGUCAGAUUAUCAUAUGUGUGAAUGUGUGUCAAAGAGUCGUGCUGUCGGUGAAUAUUGUAAAGCAUAUGAUUAUUUUUGUCAAAGCAAUACUGAAAUAUUGUUCAGGUAUUUCAAGACCUUUGCAUCACCAAAGUCGCUAAAGAGAAAGUUAUUGUAAUUGCUUGUAACUGUGUUUGUGAAAAAGAGAUAAUACUACACUAACGCCCACACGUCAUAUUUACUUUAAAAAAAAAAGUUAAACUCUGGUCAUUACUUUUUUUUUGCCAUUUCCAAUCAUUAGAAGGAACACAGGCAAAGUGAUGGUGGUGGAUCCAGUAAGCACAGAAACAUUCAGUUUGGGCGUUUCUCUGGCUGCAAUUUCACUUUGGCACUUGUUCAUAUCACCAGCUGUGUAUGGCAGGUCAGAUGUUGCUCAGAACACCUCCACCACUGUAAUAUUUGCAUCAGGGGACAGGAGUGGUAUGCUUUCCAGCACCGUUUCCAACAAAUACAGGUAUUAAGCUAUGAAAACUAAAUCGGUUUCACUUCAGCUGAAAUUUUCACUGAUGCUGACAACGCCGUGGUGAAGGUGCAGAGCGCUGACUCUGUCCCACAGAGAAUCUCAGGAGCUUAACUGUAUUUGUAUGUACAGACCGUUCUUGUUCUUUUGUAACAAUGAAACCUUGUAUAACUUGACGGUUAGGUGAAAGUCAGAUGUUUAGUGUGGAAAUUUGAUUUAUGGUACUCUGCUGUUACAACUGAAACUUGCUUGUUUCCAUGUGUUGUAAGAUGACUUUGUAAAGAAUAUUAUGAGAGAAUGCCUUUAUUUUGUGAGCCACAAUUUUUCCUCUUCAUUCUUUGAACAUGUUUUUUUUGUUAUGAGACAUAACUUCAUAUGGAAAUCAUAUCUUGACAUGAAGUAUGAAAUAAAGAAGUAGAGUUACUUCAAA